GUCUAAUACAAGUUAUUUCUUUAUUUUCCUAAAUCUAUCUUGAACUUGUCUCUUCUCUCUGAUCCUUUGAACGACUUUGAGCUCUGAAACCUCCUAUGCCCACGCAAUUACCAGGCAAUAAUGGUAAUGGGAAGGGUGAUACACAUAACCCUAUAAAGACUAACGGGAGUCUAACAACCUAUGCAGCACCCCUGAACGCUGAUACCUGGAAUGCAGGUUGUCUGUGUGGAGUGGAGGAUAAGGCCAUAUGUUUUGAGCAGUGCAUUUCUGCGAGAGUAUUGUCACAGGACGGGACUUCCAAAGCAGGUAUGUCUCCCCAGAAGAUUUGUGGACCCAUCUUGAGAGACAUUUUGCAUUUGAUCAAGCACCAGGACACUCAUCAUAAGCAGAAACUGUACAUAUGUGGGGCAUUUGGAAAAUAAUUUCAUGUCACUGCAAACCUUCAUCAGCACCAUUAGCAGCACAUUGGAGAGAAACACUUCAGAAGCAAUAUGGGCGGAGCCUUGCUUUUAGAGAACUGCAAAUUCGAUGUCAGGAAGCCCUUUACCUGCAAAGAAAUGAGGAAGGACUUCUUGGCCAGCUCAACGUUCUGGCAACAGGUCACUCACACUGGGGAGAAGUCAAACAGUGUAACUGAGUGUGUGGUGGCCUUCCACAAUGUAAACUGUCAUUGUAACCAGGGAGACUGCAUGAGAACUUUGAGCCCCAAACACACGUUUAUUCAGCACCAGCAAGUCCUCACGAGGGAAAGAUGUUAUAGCUGCAGUGAAUGUGGGAAAUCCUUUAGCAAAAGCUGUAGCCUCCAUGACCAUUUGAAAGUUCACACUAGAGAAAAGCCUUGUAAGUGUGGGGAGUGUGGGAAAUCCUUUAGGCAAAGCUCUGGCCUCAUUCAACACCAGAGAGUUCACACCAGGCUAAGACCUCAUGAAUGUGAUGAAUGCAGAAAAUUAUUUAGCAAGAAGUACAAUUUCAUCAAUCAGAAAGUUCACACUGGUAAAAAGCCAUAUGAUUGUGGUGAAUGUGGGAAAUUCUUUAGCUACAAGUCUGACCUCAUUACUCACCAGAGAAUUCAUACUGGAACAAGGCCUUAUGAGAGCAGUGAAGGUGGGAAAGCCUUUAGCCACAGCUCCAGUCUCAUUAAAUACCAGAGAAUUCACACUGGAGAAAGGCCUUAUGAGGGUGGGGAAUGUGGGAAAUCCUUUAGCCAGAGUUCUCACCUUAUUAAACACCAGAGAGUUCAUGCUGGAGAAGGAUCUUAUGAGUGCAGUGAAUGUGGGAAAUUCUUUAUCUCUAGUUACCGAUUCUUUCAACAUCAGAGAAUUCACACUUGUUUAAGACCUCACAAAUGUGAUGAAUGUGGAAAAUUAUUUACCAACUUGUCCAACUUCAUUAAACAUUAGAGAGUUCACACUGGACACAGGCCAUUUGAGUGUAGUGAAUGUGGGAAAUUCUUUAGCUGCAAAUCCUAUCUCAUUACACACUGGAGAAUUCACACUGGAGUGAGGCCUUUUCAUUCUGGGGAAUGUGGGAAAUCACUUAGCCAUGGCUCUGUGCUCCUUCUACACUGGAGAGUUCACAUGAGGGAAAGGCCUAAUGAGUGCAGUGAAUGUGGGAAAUCCUUUAGCCACAGCUCUAGCCUCAUUAGACACCAGAGAAGUCACACUGGAGAAAGGUCUUGUGAAUGUAAUGAGUGUCAGAAAUCCUUUAGCAACAGCUCUAGCCUCAUUAAGCACCAAAGAGUUCAUACUGGGGAAAGGCCUUAUGAAUGCAGUACAUGUGGGAAAUCCUUUAGCCAGAGUUCUAACCUCAUUAAUCAUCAGAGAGUUCACACUAGAGAAAGACCUUAUGGAUGUAGUGAACAUGGAAAAUCAUUUACUUUCAACUGUCAUCUCCUAAAACACCAGAAUAUCCACAAGGAAUAAAGCCCUUUACAUAAUACAGGUAAGUCUGUUAUAGACUGCAUUGUGUCCCCUCAAAAUUCGUAUGUUCAAGUCCUAAUCCCUAAUGUAAGUAUUUCAGAUGUGACUUUUUUACUAAGAUAAUUAAGGAUAAAUGAGGUCAUAAAGAUGGGGUCCUAAUCCAAUGUGACUGGCGUCCUUUUAAGAAGAGGAGAUACUGGAAGGUGUGGCCCUCGUGUACUUUUGUGUGCUCUGUCUUUCUCUCUCUCCAUUAACAAAAGACAGACCAUCUAAUAAAGAUGGUUGUCUGUAAGUCAGGAAGAGUGGCCUCAUCACAAAUCAAUCCUGAUGGCACCUUGGUCUUGGAGUUCUAACUUCUAAAGCGUGAGAAAAUAAAUUUCUGCUUUUUAAGCCAAGUAGCCUGGUAUUUUGUUAGGGCAGACUGAGAGGGGACAAAGAUACAAAUUUCUUUGUACCACAGCAUAUUCUGUUUUCACUGGACUUGAUAGGUAGCCAUGAAUAAUGCCAAGAACAUAUAAAAACAUAGUAAAAUAAUUAGGAAGUCACAGAUUUUAAGAAUUACUUUGCUCUUUUAACAGGUUUAUUGAAGUACAGUCAGUUCUUGUUAUUCAUGAUAGUUAUGUUCUAGAAAGUUACUGGGAGCACUGAAUUAGUGAAUACAGAGCCAUUGUUCCUGGGGAAAUAAGGUUCCUAAGGGCCUCUGGUCACAUUUUCAUCAGUCAGUCAAUACAUAACAUUGUUUUACAUGUGUUUCUGUUUAACAUAUUUUUUAAAAUUUUAUUUUAGACAGAGACAGUGCGAGUGGGGGAGGAGCAGAGAGAGAGGGAAAGAGAAUCCCAAGCAGUCUCUGCACUGCCAGUGCAGAACCCAGUGCAGGGCUCAAACUCACAAAACUGUGAGAUCUUGACUUGAGCCAAAACCAAGAGUCAGACGCUCAACUGACUGAGCCACCCAGGCCCCCCCUACAUGUGUUUCUGUUUAAAUGCAACUCAUUUACUGUAUAUUGUUGAUUGAAUAACAUUGAAUUCAUGGCCAACAGCACUGUAACUCAUGCCUAACCAAUAUUUACCUAACAUGUAUUUUCUUUAAGGCACAUUCCUUGUGCUUAGGAAUAUUAGACAGCACUUAGGUACUAGGCUUGGAGGCCAUUUGGAACCACAAAAUCAUAAAAACUGCAAGUAUGUCAAUAAGGAGAUCAUGAGAAGAACACUUGUUUUCAGUGUGAAUGAGAAGGCAUCCUGUGGCCUUGUAGAUCUCAUGCACAUCAGGUGACUCAAAUUUUUUGUAGCUCUGCAUGUGUCUGGGUAAAUAUAAAAGUGUGAGUAUUGAUUUUAUAGCUUCAAAUUUUAGCAAGUAGGCAAAUUUAUAAAUAACAAAAUCCAUGAAAAAUGAGUAUUGACUAUAUAGUUGUCUUGUCAUAAAUUGUUGUAUAUUUAAAGCAUACGAUUUGUGUUUUGGUAUUCUUAAACUUUUGAGACUAAAAGUUCCUUCUUGCCCUUCAAAAUCCAUCCUUAAUUUAUAAAGUUACUGAAUCAAGGACAUAUUUUACCUUUUAUAAUGGAUAUUUUCAAAUAUAUACAAAAAGGAAAGGACUGUGUUAUGAAGUUCCAUAAACUUUUCCCCAGUUUUCCAUCAUUUAUCAUUUCAUCAUCAUUCUUGUUUCUGCUAUUAUGAUGCACAUUGCUAUGCUGUUUUACUUCUAAUCUUGACAUCUUAUCUGUCUUUAUAAUUUUUUUAAAUGUUUUUAUU